AUGAUUAAAAGAGAGGUCGAAUCAGAUGACUCUAAUGAAGAAAGGAGUGAAAAUGGAAGUAAAGACUCUAAGAAUGAAGAUGACGAAUACAACUCAAGCGAUGAAUCUUCAUUUGAUGAAAUGAGUGUUGGUAUUGCAUUGGAGCUUCCUAAACGGGCAAAUAGAUCUAAGAAAUACACACAACUUGUGGGCGAAAGUUUGGAAAAGGAUCAACAAUUUUGGGAACACUCCACUUGGGAUGAAGAGAAAGAAGAUGAGGAUUACAAUUGUAGCGAAGGUGAAAGCUUUUAUGAGUACGAGACUGAUUCUGAUUUUGAUGAUUCUGAAUCUGAUGAGGAAGAUGAAAUUGUUGAGAAUGUUGAGACGAAGAAGAAAAAAUUUAAAACUAAAUCGUACGUUGACCCUGCCAUCGUCCGCGCUAGGAAGGUUCAAAAUGCUACAAAAGAGCAUAGUGGAGUGAAAAGGAUAAAGCGUACCAAAUCCAUCGAAUAUGGAAUCGCAAAUAGGUCCAAAAGGGACACUACAAUGAGGAAAACGGAGGCCAUUAUGGCUCAACAAGAGAGAGAGAAGAUAAUAAGAGAAGCCAAACGUGCCGUUAAGAAGGUGAAACAUGGAAGUUCUGGUGGGAAAAUGCCUUCACAAGAAGAAUUACUGGAGGAAGCCAAAAGAGUUGAGAAGAUGAAUAGGGAAUCACUUGAAGCUUUGUUGGCUUCCGAAGUUGAGAAGAGACGCUAUACAAAAUACACCAAACAAAAAGUCAAGGGACACUACGACAUUUGGAUCAGUUGGAACAGUUUAGUUUCAAUUAUCAAGGGGGAUAUCGAGGAACCGAUUGUGGAGAGGGCACUUGAAAUGUAUUUUUUUACCAAUGGAAAAAUACCGGCAAUAUAUGAACAAGACACAAAUGUUGAGCCCCAAAUUGUCAGAUGUGCUAUAAGCGGAAAUAUGGCAAAAUAUAUCGACCCUUUAACCAAGCUCCCCUUCGAUUCUGUGAAUUCAUUUAGGAAGAUCAGGGAGCAGCACCAAUCAGAACAGUCCUAUUUACAAAUGAAAAGUGCUGAAGAUGUCACGGAGUGA